AUGGUAGAAAUUGUUUCGAAAAAUCUGGUGAAACCAGUGGUAGACGACCGGGAGUACCGCGUUGUCCGAUUGGACAAUGGCUUGGAGGCCCUGCUCAUCCAUGACGCUCAAACGGACAAGGCGUCGGCUGCGUUGGAUGUCAACGUUGGCUCAUUGGCCGACCCAGUCGAAGUGCCUGGGCUGGCUCACUUUCUCGAGCACCUGCUGUUUAUGGGUACCGAGAAGUAUCCAAGCGAAAAUGAGUAUUCUCAGUUCCUCAGCGCCCAUGCUGGCAGCUACAACGCAUACACUUCGGCCGAGCACACCAACUACUAUUUUGACAUUGCUCAUGAACACUUACAUGGAGCCCUCGACAGGUUUGCUCAGUUUUUCAGCUGCCCGUUGUUUUCCGAAAGCUGCAAGGACCGCGAAAUCCUCGCGGUGGACAGCGAAAACAAAAAAAACCUGCAACUCGACGCGUGGCGUCUGCACCAGUUGGAUAAGUCGCUGUCAAACCCGCAGCACCCGUACAAUAGGUUCAGCACCGGCAACUACGAGACAUUGCACACUAUUCCAGAGCAAGCAGGCAUUGAUGUACGCGCCUUGCUCAUUGACUUCCACAAAAAUCAUUACUCGGCCAACAUCAUGAAACUGGUUGUUUUGGGCCGCGAGAGCCUCGAUACUUUACAGCAAUGGGUAGAAACGCUGUUUUCUCCUGUGCUCAAUCAGAACUACCCUCUACCCCACUACUCAAACCUCCCUUACACGGCCAAACAGCUGGGCUCCCUUAUUCGAGCAAGGCCGGUGAUGGACUCACAUCAUUUGGAAUUGACUUUCCCGAUGCCUGACCAACAACAGUAUGUGAGGCAACAACCCAGUCAUUACUAUUCGCAUUUGAUAGGCCAUGAAUCUAAGGGGUCCCUGCUGCAGUAUCUUAAAGACAAAUCCUGGGCGAAUGCAUUGAGCUGCGGGUCAACCAGUGUUUGUGCAGGAACCGAUUUGUUCUUGGUCGACAUUGAACUCACAAAGCUAGGAGCUAAGCAUUGGAAAGAUGUUCUUAAAUCUACGUUCAUGUUUAUUGACCUCGUGCUUUCGCAAGCCCCACAGGAAUGGGUGUUUUCGGAGCUCAAGGCGAUGUCUGAAGCCACGUUCAAGUUCAAGCAAAAGUCAAAACCGUCAGCUACCACGUCGGCGCUGGCUCGCACUAUGCAGCGGCGUUAUGUUCCUCGCGGGGAGCUGUUGAGUACCGGCGUUCUCAAGGAGUUUAACAGGGAGGUGCUCAUGAAUUUCGCCUCUUAUCUUACAGUUGACAACGUGAGAGUAAUGUUGACGUCCCAGAUUCUAGAUGGGCUCGACCAAACUGAAGAGUGGUACGGAACCGAGUAUGCUGUCGACGAUAUCCACGACCUGCUAUCCAGCUUCAAGUCGCUUUCGGCUGACCCCGCUCUCAAGCUCCCCCAGCCAAAUCGUUUGGUUCCCGAGAACUUUUCUUUGAUACCCGCAGGUCCAGGAGAAAAGAAUCUGCUAUGGCCCGUUCUCGUGACCAACCGCCCUGGCCUCAGAGUCUGGCAUAGGCUGGAUAACACUUUUUCCGUUCCUAAGGCCUAUGUGAUGGUCAAACUGACCAAUGCAAAAUGCAGCUCUUCUGCGCUUUCAGCUAUGAAUACUGAAAUGUUUGUCCAGCUAGUAAGUGAUGUGUUGACGGACUUUGCCUACUAUGCCGAGGUUGCCGGUUUGGGUUACGAUUUGGCCACUGCUUCCAAUGGUAUUGAAAUUGGUAUCUACGGAUUUAAUGAGAAGCUUCAUGACCUGGCUGAAGUGAUUGUUCGUGAAUUGCGUAACUCUGAAUUUGAUACCCACCGCUUUGAUGCGAUCAAAGAACGCGUCGACCGCCAGAUUCGGAACUCUUUGUACUCUAUGCCCUUUAGCCAGUUGGGAAUGCGAUCCAAUUACCUUCUCAUGGAUGCCACGUAUUCUGUCGACGAGAAAAUCAAGGCGAUCGGCCAGCUCACUCAGCACUCGCUAAAGGCGUUUAUUGAGGAGGUAGGAGAGCAAUGGGAUGUGGAGGUCAUGGCCGCUGGCAAUCUCGAAGCUGCUUCGGCUAUAGUUUUGGGAAACAACAUUGUGAAGGACCUGCAGUGCAAGGUUGGAAAACGUGAACUUGCCGGCUCGUAUUGGCUUCCUAACCCCAGUGAGUUCUACCACCAUCUUAAACUCGAGGAUGAAAACAACAAGAACUCGGCCAUUGAAUACCGUUUACAGCUAGGUGAAGCAGGUGAUCUGGCGACUCGCGCAAUCGCUCUGGUGUUUGCCCAAAUCAUCCGCGAGCCAGUGUUUGAUCAGCUCCGAACAAAAGAGCAGUUGGGCUACGUUGUGGGCUCUUACUUGUGGCCAAUUCGGACCGUUUUGUGGUUGAGACUGUUUGUUCAGAGCGAGACGCCUACGACAUAUGUUGAACAGCGGAUCGAGGCGUUUUUGAUGAGAGCGCGAUCUCUUAUCGAAAACAUGCCUGCUGAAGAGUACGAAAAACACGUUGCGGUGGUUGUAUCGCAGCAUCUCGAAAAGUUCAAGAAUUUGAAUGAGCAAGCCAGUUAUUACUGGCAUUGUAUAAUGAGCGGCUACUAUAACUUUAACCGGCGGACCGAGAUCGCCAAGUUGGCCCAGGAUGUGAGCAAGCAGCAGGUCUUGCAACUUUACGAUCGGUUCGUGUCAAAGAGCAGUGCAGAAGGCCGGGCUAAGUUUGUGCUGCACCUCGAAGCAGCAAAGCAGUUUGUACCUUCACCCAAGCAGCGCCUUGCCCAAGCAAUUGCUCUUGUCAGUGAUAAGCACAACGUCAAACUAGAUACUGACACAACCAAAAAGGUUCUUGAAACCGACAUGGGCAAGGCAAUCAACGAGCUUGAGGAGCAGCUGAAGAACUGCGGGCUGGAUCCCGCCAAAGCGGUCGAGAUGGGUCGCGAAGUUCAGGAAACUCAAUCGAGCAGCCAAUUGAGUGAGGUUGGCAAGUACCUGGGCAAACCUGUCGUUGAUGCUGCAGGCUUCAAAGCCUCGCUACAGCCGGCCCCUCCGCCAGGCCAUCCGGACUUUAGCCAGUUCGAGGUGGAUGCUGGUGCUAAACUAUAA